AUCAUCUUUUUUUCAAUUUCUCGUCCUGAUUUUUCUCGAUCUUCUUCGAAUCUCCCAAUGGCACCAUCCCAUCCCGCCCAAACAGUAGAUAAUUUCCCUUUCGCUUUCUUUUGGGCAUCUCCGAGACAAAACCCAGAAAAAGAAAAUCUCAUCUCUUAGCCAUCGAUAGCUACCGAAGGACCCACCAUAAAAUUUUGUGUUCCAAAUUGGUCACUGUGUAUGCUUAUGGAGCGAAAUUAUUGAUUGAUCGAAGAGCUUUCUGCCAUGGAGUAGGUAUACAAUCUAAAGCCUCGCCUCUACAAUUUAUUACUUCUGUGAAGAAACCCGAAUUUCAGGGCUCUGCAAACUUUCUCUUUUUUCUAAGAAAUCGCUCCUAAAUCCCCCGAUUCCUAUUUGUUCUUUUGAAACUGAUUUCUGACCAAUGACUGGUAACCUGGAUUUGAAGAUAUAUCCUGGGGAUUCUUUUUCUGAGAUAGUGGUAGUUUUUGGAGUUUCUUUGAGCAAUGUCUGCUUAUGGGAGUGAAAUGGAGCGCCGGUUCUCUAUUCAGAGUCAUUCUAGUGGAGGAAGCUCAGGAAGUUCAGAUAUGGGAAGCCGCUAUAUCGUAGAGUCGGGAUUCUACAUGACACCUUUAACAGCAACAAUUUUCAUUGGUGCUCUAGUUACUGUUGGAGUGUUACUUAUCACUUUACUGGUCUCAUUGACUGUAAUGUUGCAAUAUUGUCAAAACAAAAGUGAAGGAGUUGUUGAGAUUCAGAAACCAGGUGUUGGUUAUGAUUAUUGCAAAGCCCUAUCUGUGCAUUUGGAGCUAAACAGCUUGGAAACAGAUGGGAUACCUUCAUUUUGCAAGAAUUUUGCCAUUCAAUACAUUAAAACUGGUCAAUAUGAAAGAGAUUUGGAUUCUACACUGCAGGUGGUUGACAAUUAUUUCUGUGGUGCUGUGCAAGUAAACAAUGGUCGAGAUAUCGUGUUGAUGGACAUAGAUGACGUUCUUUUCGAAAACCCUGGUUACGACAACCUGCUAAUACCCUGUUGUGUCGAUGAGGCCAAGAUAUUGAAGCAAAAAUUCCUUCUACAAUUAUACAAGAAACUUAGAUCUUGCGGGUGGCCUCUAAUCUUAAUAUCGAGAAAGUCGGAAGUUCAUAGGAAUGCAACUAUUGAGCGACUUACUUCUGCUGGGUGUAAGGGUUGGCUACUGUUGAUUAUGAGAAUGGAUGAUGAAGUGCAGAUCGAUCAUCAUGAAUACUUCACUAAGCAGCAAGCAGCAUUGUUGUAUGAGGGAUUCCGCAUCGUAGGUGUGAUGAGUAGCCACAUGGAUGCCUUAUCAGGACCACCCAUCGGAACCCGUAUUUAUAAGCUUCCAAACCCCAUACACUUCAAUAUCAAUUAUCAAAAUAUGAGGAAGCAAACACAAAUUUAGGGUAGUGAUUUAAGUUGGUAAAGUUGUCAUGUCAGCCAUUUCAAGGUAUUGCACAGUACAGUUGAUAUAGGAUUCUCUAUAGCUUGGUUGAGUUUCACCCGAGUCUUCUCUUAUGUAAAGUCGAGCACCUACGGUCCUGCAGUUGAUAUGGAAUAUGGAUUACCAUGUCCAUGCCAACCUAUCGAGGGGAUCACCAAAUUUAGUACUUUUUCUGUUCAUUUACCAGAUUAUCUUCAGCAUUUAGAUUGUCAUAUAAGACGAGGGGCAUUGCAAAUAAGGUUACAUGUCUCCCCUACCUACGCCAACAGCCAGCAACAAACAGCAUCUUCUUCAGAACCCUACAGCCAGCAGCAACUACACACAGGAUUUGUUAUAUUUUCUCCUUUCCCUCUUUGGAUAUCCUCUUGUUCAGGAUACCUUUAUGUAAGAAAUUUCCAACAAAUUUUCUUUGAUUUUGGCACUUUUCUUGUCACACAAAUUAUGCGACUAUGGAGGGCACUUGUUCUUUAAAAUUAUUGUUUUGUUCAUCAAAGAGAAACUCAAUAUAUCAAUGAUGAUGAUCUUGACUUUCAAAGCUUCA